CCUGCUAGUUGACACACACAGCAGCAGCAGCCAGCAGCGCCGAGCGCAACCUGCCUCGGUCGGAUUGAAAGCGCAAAGAACCGACGAGGGAAAUUGAACAUCUGGCCGCACAUCAUGAUAGGAGCACGUCGAGGUGUAUAGGUGGACAAACGAACACACACUCGAAGAAGAGGGCGAGAAUAAAUGUUAUGAAGGAAGAAUGGAGUUCCCAGACCAUAGCCGGCAGUUGCUGCAGUGUCUGAGUCAGCAGCGUCACCAAGGUUUCCUGUGUGACUGCACUGUUCUGGUCGGGGAGGCUCGCUUCAAAGCGCACAGAGCCGUGCUGGCCUCCUGCAGUAUGUACUUCCAUCUCUUCUACAGGGACCAGCUAGACAAAAGGGACGUUGUGCAUCUCAACAGUGACAUUGUGACAGCGCCGGCUUUCAGUCUGCUCCUUGAAUUUAUGUAUGAGGGCAAGUUGGAAUUCAACACUCUUCCAGUGGAGGAUGUCCUGGCCGCAGCCAGUUACCUCCACAUGUACGACAUUGUCAAAGUGUGCAAAGGCAAGUUGAAAGAUAAAGAUGACGAGAAGAUGGGCGAGGCUUUUGGACUCAGCUGUCUAGACCGGGAUAACUCCUCGGAUGGCGAACUGCGUAGUGACAAGCAGCUCGGACGGCGACAGUCUCAGGGGCUCCCCGGGUCCCCCUCCCCAAUGGAGCAGUUUGACACAGACAACAGCGAAGUGGGGCUCGCUGUCAGUGAUUGUGAAAGGUCUGCACAGAACAGGCAGAAGGCAAACGGUCACUCUGGCAGGUCCCCGGACCUUGUAGGUGUCAAUUAUGUGUCAGCAGAGGCCGAGCCCUGCAUCCAAACAGCUGGAAAAACAAAAGCUGAUGUCAGUAGUUCCACCGUAUCACUGUCCCAGAGGUCCCGGGCUUCGGAUGACAUGGACUGCGCUCUGGAUUUGUCUUUCAAGCCUCUGUCUAGCAGAGAUCCCUUACAGCCCUCCUACAUCUCGGGACAGCUGGCCCUCGACAGCCAGCAGCAGGGCACUGAGCCACUUGUUAAAGAUGAACACGACUUGCUGUCAGAGCAGGAGGACAGUGAGCCGAUGAGCCCUGAGAGCCAGCGCUUUGGGAAUAGCGCCAGGAGCUCAGUGGUGACAGGGUUCGCUGCCCUCUUCCCAGGCAACAACGGCUCCACCACCGUCCUACUCUCCCAGGAGGAGGACCUGAUGGACGAAGAGGGGGAGGCCUGCGGGAGGAGGGAGGGCGCCCCUGGCAGGGAGGCAGCCGAUGAGAGGAGGGGUCGGCUGCUGGGGGACAGCGAAGAGGAGGAAGAAGAUGACUUGGCCUCCUCGGACAUCUCCACCUCCAGCGGGGUACUCCUGCCGCCGGGCCAACAGGUGUGCGUGUGCCCCCUUUGCAGCAAAGUCUUCCCCAGCCCGCACGUCCUGCAGCUGCACCUUAGCUCGCACUUCCGUGAGAAGGACGGCGCUCGCUCCAAGUUGUCCCCCGACGGCUCGGUGCCCACUUGCAUUCAAUGCAAUAAGACCUUCUCCUGCAUGUACACGCUCAAGCGGCACGAGCGCACGCACUCCGGUGAGAAGCCGUACACCUGCGGGCAGUGUGGCAAGAGUUUCCAGUACUCGCACAACUUGAGUCGGCACGCCGUGGUCCACACGCGAGAGAAGCCUCACGCGUGUAAGUGGUGCGAGCGUCGCUUCACGCAAUCCGGGGACCUGUACCGCCACAUCAGGAAGUUUCACUGUGGCCUUGUCAAAACUCUCUCCAUUGGUUAAAACACUCUAAAGUGCCAUGAUGACCCCUGCGUCUUUUCACACGGUAGUAUUCACACACUGGCAGUUUGGAUUCUACCCCAUCUGGCAUUUCUCUUAAGAAAGAUGUAGCAACUUAAAAAAAAAAAAAAAACACUUCUCCUGAGCUGGUUGCUUCCUGAUUGGCGAACUGCAUUAGUGCAGUGUGGACAUCGAACAAAGUAGAUGAUGCACUUGUUUGUUUGUGUCUUGUUUGUCAUGUGUGUUAACUUUAUUAGAAGCAUACAUGGGGGCCCAAUAGAAGAUGCUAACAUUUAUUAUUACAAUCCACUUUAUUUGUGCACAUCAAAACCGUCCUCCUUUAAAAAAAAAAAAAAAAAAAAAAAAAACUCCUACUUUAUUAUUAUAAUUAAUAUUAUUUAUUUGGGUAUUUGUAACAAGUCAGAAUCACAAGGCAGCAAAACUAAUGACGUUAUACUACUGGAGUAUUUUUUGUUGUUGGGCUAAAAUGAAGUUUAAAGGUCCACUCUAAAGGUGACAUAAUAAAAUUAUUAUGGACAUAAUUCGCCUUAAUUGGGUAGUAUCACCUGUACUUUUUUUUUUUCAUGAAUGUGAAUUAAUUGAAGAAAUGUCCCAAUUAGUACUUUAGAAAAUAUACGGUAUAUUGAAAGGUGGGACACAGAAUGCCUCUAACCCUGGUGCCUCUUUACACUUUAGUGUAUGUAUUGACAAGUGUGCUCUAUCAACAUGCCUUUUGUCAAUCCAUUCGCACAUACCAGAGGAGGUAAUAGGCAGCAAUGGAAUGCUAAUUGAUCCACUAGUGCCCUUACAAGAAUGUGACUAAAACUAUGUCAAUGAAGCUCUUAUCAAUGAAGUUAUUGAUUAGUGGAUGAGUGUUCUUUCCUGGUAUUGCAGCAGUGUAAACAAAGUGUUGCAGGGGACAGGUGGAUGGGUUGGGGAUGGUGGUAAUCACAACCAUACCAUUCUGCAAAAGCUACUGACUUUUUCUUUUAAAUUAACCUUCUCUUGCUCAUUGUAUCUUCUUACUGUACGUGUUACUACUGAUGAAGUUGUUGGAGCCUUUAGUGGUUAAAAAAGGUCUUUGGGAAUGAAGGAGGAGUGCAACUAGUUGCUAAAUGGCUUCUUUUUGUCGAAUCUGUCCUGAGAAGACUUGAUAUGAAUUUAUUUAUUAGCUUGGUUCAGGGUUUAAUGUAGGGGUUUUUCAAUAAGCUCAAAAGUUGGUACUCAUUAACUGUCAUUGGGGCUGUUAUUUUUUUCUUUGUGCAAAGUUACUGUAAUUGUGUUUUAAGAGAAAUAUCAGUCACAUGGAACCUAGAGAAGCACUUGUUUUUAGCAUGCAUAUAGUUUCAACACUAUUGCUUAGGCUGCUAUUACAAUUUGUAUAUUUAAUGUAAAUAUAUAUUCUAUUUAUGUCUGUUUUUACAACACCCGCAUGGUGGAUGGCGUCAGGUGUCUUAUUAAAGGCUGCAGUCUCUCACAGCGCCUAAGGGAGGGGAAAAGUUUCUCGUCUCAAGGCUUGAGAGGACUGCAGCGCUGUGCAAAUCAGAAUCUGAGGAGUUUAAUUCUGCUGUGUUGUUCUGCCACAGGAAAUAGUUUUUUCCACAAGCCAUACUGAUUCGGCAUUGGCCACCUAUAGAAAUGGGACAAUACAGGCUUUGUCUCACCCCCUCCACACACAAGUCCCAGGUAGUUCUCAAGGGAUCAUUGUGUAUCUCUCACCGAGCUGCUGGGGUUGGGGAGGCAUUGCACGUUUCUCUUGUAGCUUUGCUGUAUUGAACGGAGCCAUUGGAAUGUGAGAAAUGUAUUUAGGCAAAGGGAAACCAAGGAGACUGUAAACAGGUGUAUUGUUUGGAGGCAUCAAAGUCCUGACCCCCCACCCCCUCCACACACACACACACACACACACACACACACACACACACACACACAGCAUGCAGUAGAUAAAUGCUUCAUUGUUCCACACAGAGCAGAGACCGUUGGGAUUGAUUGUACACCUAUAAAGAGAUUAGAAGAAAUAUCAUCCUGCCUAUAAAACUAGCAAAUAAACAUCUUGAAGAUUGUACUUUAACACCGCUUGUUUCAGGACUUUACACAUGCCAUUUGAGUAAUUACAAAGGUUUGUCAGCAGGAAAAACAACCCGUCUUACUCUCUUUCUGAGUUGAACCACUUUAGUUAGCCCUUCUGUUCCACAUACUUGGUUGUUGUGUUGUGUUCGUUAUAUUCGUACGCAUACAAGCAGGAAUAUGCUGUAGAUUCUCUUAAUUAUUGAAUGUACAUGUGUACAAAGCUAGAAAAACUAACAUGUAAAGGUUUGUUUCCCUUUUUUUUUUAGUGUUCCACAAGUGGUUAUUUAAAGCUCCAGGAUGUUCACCGAGCGUGCCUUGUCGACACACAAAUAGGUGUUGCAUCUGGAGGAGCCUCUGUUUGUAUGUUGCUCACUCGCAUCACAACUACGCUUUUCUUUCCUAACAUAUCAACGUGGAAACUUUUUUGGUUUGUUUGCUGCUUUGUGUGAGGUUCCUGUUUUUUUUUUUGGGAGGGGGGGGCUUUAACCAUUUCAUUGUGUGAAUAAAUGGAUGUGUUAAACAAAUGACACGCAUUUUUGUGUGCGCAUGUGUGUUUUGGGUUCCAGUAGCUCCUCGGGUCAUGUCACUGUUGAAUGUGAACUGCUGAGAUUCUCAUUGUUGUCUUUUCAUGGAAACAAAGCUCCUCUUGGUCAAAGGCAAUGUUUGCCGAAGUCAUGCUGUAUGAUCUUUUAGUCAGAAAAUGACUUCAUUAACGUAUACUGGAAUGUUGUCUUCUGCAGGUUCUAACUGUGAAAUUGUGUAUGAUGACAAGAACUAUUUAUUACUAUGACAUUUGCUUCUCCUGCAGCAUCUGUUUUUUAAAUUAGGUUACAUUGUCUAAUUGUCACAUGAAAAUCAAACUGUAGAAGUGCCAUUAGAAUUUAAUGUUGUUGUUUUUUUUAAAUAAGAAAAAUAUAUUUUAUAGUAAUUGCUUCAGUGUUAGUGGUGUAGAGAUUAGGGGACAACCUUUGCUUAGAUAUGGAAGCAAUUUACUGUUUUUCAUUUAUUGUACUGUGCAUUUUAAUUGUUUUGACUUGUUUGCGUGAGUGUGCGGAGGUGUGUGUGCUGUGGAAAUGUGACAAUCUGGAUUUAGGUCUUUAUUAAGAUUAUGCAUAGAAUUAAAUGGAACAACUUUCUGUCUUUGUGUGGAUUUCAUUCAUUUUCAUAUCGCUGCUUCACAUCACAUUAGAAGAAUAUGAUAAAUGGAACCCAUUCCCAAGUAUUACUCCACCACAAAAUUUCAUUUAAACAACCGUAAAAAUACCACAAAUUAUAGUAGUAAUUGGAUUGUAUUUUGUUUUGGUUACUAUUAUACAUUUG